AAUCUAGGGUUAACGUCUAGACGCGACUCGGUUGAACUUUCACUUUCAGCUUGCUUCAAACUGUCGUCGCUCACGACUUAUUUUUAGCUUAACGCAUGUAGCCUACAACACUUUCUGUUUUGAGUAACGUUGCUUGACAUGUUCCUCUCGGCUCACAACGGAAGCAGUUUAGUUUUAACCUCGUUUGUGGCCGUCUAGGUGACGAAGAUGUGGCCGCCUUUCACAUCCGUGAUACUGCGCGGUUGGUUGUGUGUUUUAGUGGCUGUUGUGUCCACAGUUUCUGGGUCAAUUCUCUACAAGAAGGUGGACGAUGAUGUUGUCCUCAAACCAGAUGCGGGCUCUGUGACUGACAGCACCACAAGUAUCAUGUGGAAACAUGGUCCUGACAUUGCUAUUGAGUGGGAUGGAAAGGACAUUGAUUCCUAUCGUCAUUUCAAAACCCGUACUAAACUGAACAUUUCAAGUGGAGAGAUGACGAUCACAGGCCUGACUCUGAAAGACAACGGCUCGUACACACUAGAGAUAAACGGCAUUGCCUACAGUCCAAUUACACUGAAAGUCAUCUCUGCCGUCUCUACACCCACUGUCUCUGAAGCCUGUGAUGAGGAAAAGACUUCAUGUACUUUGACCUGUGAUGGCAACAUCACCGGCGCUGAACCAGUCACCUAUAACUGGAAGUUAGACAAUUCACCGAGCGUGUCAUCUAAGACACACACUGUUACAAAGGAGAACCACUCAAGCAUUAUCAAGUUCAGCUGUGAGCUGGAGAAUCCAGUCAGCAAGGCGAGCAGCCAACCCAUCCCCAACCCUUUCGUCAUUGGUAGCGAACCUGACAAAACUGAAGGAGGAGGUCUGAAAAUCAACACAGGGCUCACAGUGUUCAUCUGUCUGCUGACUGUUGUGGUGCUGCUGGUUCUUACUCACAGAUGGAAAGCAGGGAUGUGGUUCUUCCAGAAAGCCUCCAUGCCGUGGGAAGCAGACUUUUGGAGGAAGGACAGGCAACCAAGAGCUGCUGCUGAAUCUAAUGGCACCCCUGCUCGUCAAGAUAAGGCAAAAGCAGACGACGAGGAAACACCAAUGGCAUAGACGCCAAGCAAACUGUAAAACCAGAUGGUCCACAAGAUCCAGAGUAACGCUGAGAUGUUUUAGGAAGUGCUCAUGUUGAGUGAAAUUUUACUAAAAGUGCGUAUACAAAUAAUACAAACAACAGCACUAAAAGUCAAGGGUAUGGGAUCAGUCCGGUGGUUUUUACACUGCACAAUAUUUCUUAUUUUUUGAAGCAGUCUAAAAGUAAUAAUAAAGCAGAUAGUGACAGAGAAGUUAUCUUAAAGCUCCUUCCAAAUAAAUAAGUUUUUGAUCUUUUAAACUGACUAAAAGUAGGUAUUAAGGCAUGUUUGAGGUUUUUCUUUUACUCUACCUGUUUAUGUGAACACAUUAAAUCAACAUUUGCAUUGAAUAGAUGUUUUUAAGGCUGCAGUGCUGCCGCUGAAAUCCAUUUAUCUAGCUAUUAUCGUCAUUAAGUCACAUGUAUUAAAACAGUAUUUAAAAAAUACUAAGAAGGGAGAUUAUAAAGUUAAGUUUUUAAAAAAUGGAAUAAAAAGAGAAUAAGACUAAAGUUCAGGUAUCAUGUAGGGAUAAAUAGGGCUGAAAUGAAUUAAAAGCUCUGACGUUGAAGAACAGAAUUUUCUAGAGAGGCAAUGAGGUGCCUUAAAGUUUAGACAAUAGCAGGACACCCAGCGAAGUGCGCUUUCAUGUGACCGACAGCAUACCGGACACCAGCUGGCACCUCCAGCACAUUACAGCAGAGGCCGGAGAGGAUCAGAGUGCUAUCAGAGGCAGGUUCUGGUGUGGAUCCAUGCAGGCUCUUUGUGGGGAGGAACUGUACUGACAGCAGAGGGGGGAAAAGGAAAGCUAUUGUCUGGUUUGGGCCGCCCGCUCAACCAACAAUCAAAGCAUUGUGACUCGUUAUGUGUGUGUGUGUGUGUGUGUGUGUGUGUGUGUGGCAAGUAUGUAAGAUCAAACAAAGUCAAUCAUUUUUGUUGUUUUUUUUGCCAUUGAAUGUUUAGGUUAUGUUUAUGUUUUAUCACUCCUGCAAACCAGAAUCCCUUAAAACACUGACCUUACUUUACUCAUCUCCAUCUUCGAACGUUAAUGUUUUAAUAUUUCCUCUGUGUUUUUUAAAUUCUGAUGUUGAAAUGUCUUUUUUGUGUCCUUCAGAUGCACUGUGUCCAUGUUUAAAUGGAGGUUGAUGGGGUUUCCUUUGGCACUUACUUUUCUUUUUUUCUAAAGACACUCAUUCUUAGUUUUUCCUUGUAUUUUUUUUU